AUAUUACACGGUUUUCAUCGCUAUCAGCAUUUGCAAUCGGUGAAUUUAUGUUUAACAUCAAUAUAUAGUCUACGGACAUGAGAAACUUUUGUAAUUAUACGUCAUUAGUUUUGAUUUUGUGCCAUCUGUCGUAUCGUCUUAUACAAGCGUAUGAUGGUUUCAGCUGCCCACCCAGCAAUUCUGAAACAACGGCAGUAAAACUCAGAGACUCGCUUCUUUGUAACUAUGAUCAGGCUCUCAGACCGGUGUCCAACCACCGAAAUUCCACAUCUAUUAUUUUCAGACUGAUCCUGAAAUAUUUCGCAUACAAAACCUACGAAAGCAUGCUAAGCUUGGAUGCCUGGUUGACAGUGGUCUGGAAAGAUGAACAUCUGACUUGGAAUCCGGCAGACCACGAAGGGAUCAAAUACCUGCACUUGCACACCAGUGAUAUCUGGACACCCGAUUUGUCGGUCUACAACAUGGCCAGCCAAGGAUCCGAUCCCAAUCUGAUAGGCAAUGUAAAAUGUCUUGUGACGUCCAAGGGACAAGUGCAAGGCGUCAUUCCAAUCCAUCUUGACAUCUUGUGUGUACCAGAUCUGACGAGGUAUCCAUUUGAUACUCAAAACUGCACCAUCAGGUUUGGAUCUUGGAUUCACAAGGGGGAAGAGUUGGACUUGAAGUUCGCAAAGGACAUCCUGGGCACCGAAGAACUCGAACCCAACGGAGAAUGGCAAUUGGUAUCCCAAUCAGCGGUGAAGAAUGCAGGAAAGUACAAAUGUUGUCCGAAUGAGACUUACCCGUCGAUUGAAAUUAGCAUGAACAUCAAACGACUGUCUAGCAGUCACGCUGCAAGUUUUGUUGUUCCCACUUUAGCUGGUGUUAUUCUUACAUUCAUUUUCCUAUCAAUGUCUCCGGUAAACAAAGACAGAUUGACUCUUUGCUACGUGUGUUUCAUCGGACAAUUCAUCAACUCUCAAUUCCUAUCCUGGCAGCUUCCGUUACAUGGUGAAAAGAUACCACUUAUCAUUACUUUUUCGAGAGACUCUCUGCUGUUGACUGUAUUUGCAAUACUUUUUACCGUAGUAUUCAGAACCUUAAUGCAGAAAAAGGUCGCUCCUCCAACCUGGAUUUCAAGCAUAGUUUCGGUUGUGAUUUCCUGCAGACCUGGACAGUUGAUACUUUUGAGCGACUAUUCCACAAGAGGUGUUGCGUCUGCCAAAGGAGAAGAAGACGGUGCUACGAUAGUCCCGACCGAGACCAACUCCACCAACCAAGAUUGGGAGUUAUUUGCAAAAAUUCUGGACAAGUUGUUUCUUUAUACUUACAUCAUUGUUUAUUUAGUGAUGAUACUUUCUUUCUUGCCAUAAAAAUAAAUAUUAUUGUAUCAAAAAUUUUGCUGUGUCAAAUAAAACAACUUUUUGGGAAAGAAAA